AUGAGAUAUUUGCAAAGGACCAAGAGUUGUCCAGAUGAUUUAAAGUCUACAUCAGCAUUUGUUUUCUUGCUAGCAGGAAGAGCUAUUUCAUGGAAAAGUUCGAAGCAAAGCACUGUGGCUGCUUCAACGAUGCAGGCUGAGUUUGUUGCUUGUUAUGAGGCCACCAUCCAAGCAUCUUGGUUGAAGAAUUUUAUAACAAGUUUGCGUGUGGUGGAUUCGAUUGCCAGACCUGUGCAAAUUUUCUGUGAUAAUAGUGCAACAGUAUUUUAUUCCAGAAACAACAAGAGGUCAGCG